AUGGACGCCAGUAGCCGUCAGCUAGAUGCUCCUCGCCAGAUGAAAAGACAUUAUGAUCCAGGAGCUAAAGUUGAGGAUGAACCACCGGAGAAACGCGCUAGAGAAAGUGAUGAUGGGUUUGAAUUGGUUGAUGUUGCGCGACGAGGUGCGCUAAAGACGUACAAGAUGGAUGUAAAUGACUUGGAUCUCGUGGUGAGUUUGGAUGCGAAUUAUGCGGCCAUUCGCAAGGUGAUGGAAAUGGAAAUAAAGAGGAAUAAUGGAAUCAAGGUGAUGCUGGUAGUGAACAUUCGGAUGUCGAAAGAGAACCAGGGAAAGGUUAUCAACCAAUCUCCUCAUUUUAGAUCCAAGACGAAGGUCCUGUUGAACGAAUUACAGAUUGCUGGUAUCACUAACGAGAUGAUGUCAGAUGUACAGAAAAUGGUGGGGCAAUGGAUCAACGAAGGUUCUGGAUGGAUCAUCGACAGAUUUCUCAGCAUGGAAUUAAACAUUGCACGAUAUCAGCCUAUGAAAGCUGGUUCUUACAUCGAUCUUCCGCCAUACUUGAAGGCUAAAAAGGCCAUCAUCAACGUUCAAAACAAAGACGACCAAUGCCUUAAGUGGGCGUUAUUGAGUGCAUUACAUCCGGUCAAGAAGAACUCGACACGUGUGAAGAAAUACAUUACCUUCGAUGCUGAUUUGGACUUCGCAGAUAUCACGUUCCCUGUAAAACUGAGUGAUAUUCCCAAAGUUGAGAAGCUGAACCAUUUGGGCGUCAAUGUGUAUGGAUAUGAUGAAGGCCUGCAUCCCCUUUACAUCUCUGAAUGCGAGGAUCCCAUCUGCAUACUCUUGAUACACGAUAAGGAAGAAGUCAAAUAUCACUACUGCUGGAUCAAGGAUUUCAAUCGGUUGUUAUUCGACCAAAACAAGAGAGCCAAUCGCAAGUACUUUUGCAAAAGGUGCUUAUCUUCCCAUAAAACAGAGAGCGCUCUGACACGGCACAAGGAAGAUUGUAAUGGCGUUGGAACCGCCCCUAGUAGGAUUGUGAUGCCCGACCAGGACCAGGAUGGAAACGAGCCCAUUCUCCAAUUCAAGAACUUCAAGAACAUGAUGAAAUGCCCGUAUAUUAUUUACGCUGACUUGGAGUCCAUAAUUCAACCUGUUCACGAACAGGCAGGAAAUGGGACGGUCCGAACCGGUAUUCACGAGCCGUGUAGUUUUGUUGCUGUGGUGAUACGGAGUGAUGGUGAAAAAGUAGACGAAUGUUUCUACCGAGGCGAGGACGCGAUGGAGAUUCUGUUUGGAUGGCUGGAGUCAAAGGAACGGGAUUUGCAAGUGGAGAUGGAAUCAAGAAAUAGCGCUUUCGAUCCUGCGCAGCUGAGUGAUGUAGAAUGUCGAGCGCAUGCGGAUGCUACGUCAUGUUGGAUUUGCGGCCAAGCCAUACCAUUGGAAGGAGAGUACCGUGGAGCAGCGCAUAGUAAAUGCAACUUGGAGCUACGGAUUCACCCUUAUCUCCAGCACAUUCCCAUAGUAUUUCACAAUCUGAAGCACUACGACGCUCACCAUCUGAUUUCGUUCAUUGGUGUUGUGACGGAUGUGGAGACGGUGGACUAUGUGAAUAAGUAUGGCAAGUCCAAGUCCAGACAGGUGGGCGGUAUCUCAGUGAUCCCAAACAACAUGGAAAAGUACAUCAGUUUCACAUGGAGGCAGUUUCGCUUCAUCGACAGUUUGGCGUUUCUAAAUGCCUCUCUCGACAAAUUGGUGAAGACCACACCACCGGAGGCUUUGGUGUACACUAACACACUGGAAAAGCCGGAUUUGAUGAGCCAGAAAGGAGUGUAUCCUUAUGAGUACAUGGACUCGUUUGCAAGAUUCAAUGAAACGGAGCUGCCAUCUCGAGAGUCAUUUCAUUCAACAUUAUCAGGUUCUGGAAUCAGCCUGGAGGAGUAUGAAAGGGCGCAGCAUGUAUGGCAAGCGUUUGAAUGCGAAGAUCUGGCACAUUACCAUGACAUAUACUUGCAAGCUGACGUAUACCUACUUGCUGAUGUGUUCGAAAACUUCAGGAAGACCGCUUUGAACAUAUACCAUCUGGAUCCUGCUAACUACUAUACGUUGCCGGGGUAUAGUUGGGAUGCCUUGCUCAAACUCUCCAAUGUCAAACUGGAAUUGUUGACCGAUGUUGACAAAUACUUUUUUGUCGAGAAAGGCAAACGAGGCGGUAUCAGCAUGGCAAGUCAUCGAUAUGCCAAGGCGAACAAUAAGCAUAUGGACGAUUUCGACGAAACGCAACCAUCAUCCUAUAUCCAAUACUUGGAUGCUAACAAUCUGUAUGGAUGGGCAAUGUCACAGUACCUUCCAGUCUCUAAUUUCCACUGGAUCAAUGAGGACCUCGACACCAUCUUGGGCACAGAAGCGAACAGUGAUGUAGGCUACAUUGUUGAGUGUGAUUUGGUGUACCCAGCGGAACUUCAUCGAAAUCAUAACGACUAUCCUCUAGCCCCUGAGCAUUUGAAGGUUACCGAGAGUAUGCUCUCACCGUAUCAACGAGACAUGGUGCAAGAGCUUCACACCGGAGGGUUGGAUUGUGAUAAGCUGGUGCCCAACCUGAUGAAUAAGGAGAAACAUGUGCUGCAUUAA